AAUGUUUCAGGCAAAAUAGAAGUCUCAUUGAACAAAAGCAAAACAAAGAAGAAAACCUUUUAAUCUCUUCUUUUUUUACAUUAUUCAUCUCCUAAUGUAUCUUUUAUGAAACCAAACAAUUUAUCUUUAAAUUAGACAAUUAAAUUUUACUUACAUUCCAAGUGCUAUUAAAAUAUCACCAUUUAACGUCUUUUCCCAGUGUCCAUGGUAAAUGUGUUUAACCAGUAAACCUGUGACAACUAUUCAACAUCAAGUCAUAUUCAAUUAUAAACUGUGAUUCACGGCAAUCAACCUUAUGGUGGAUAAUUGUUAAUCCCAAUCAACGUUCUGGUGUUGAUAAAGACACGAACAUCUUUUGGUAAACCAAAUUUCAGAAAAUGAUUCAAAACGAUAUUUUGGAUUCCUCGGAAAUCAGCAAAAUGAAUACACCAGCUUUAGAAAGGUUGUUUAUAGAAAUGUCAAACGCAUCCUCUAUAGUCAACACCUAUGGAUACGACAUGUCCAAUGGAGGUGUUACGAAUCUUGAUUUAAAUAGCACCAAUCAAAUGUCAAAUGGCACUAGUAAUGGUAAUUCAAGAGUCAACUGUUCAUAUGGAAACUUGAAUUCGUUAAGUUAUCCUAAUCAUGAAACAACCAGUGAUAAUAUUCAACAGCAAAUCAAUUCAACAUCUCAUACCAAUGUUAAUCAACACAUGACCAAUUCUGUGUUCCACAAUGAUUCCAUGUUGGCUGAAUCACUACCCGGAAAUAUUCACAGGUCAUCACGAGUAUCAUCAGAAUAUACCAACAAUAGUAAUAUCAAUAAUAGUCACAAUAGCAACAAUAGCAGCAACAAUCAGUUAAAUGGUAACACUGAUUUAUCAAAUGGAGUUUACCAAGUGCCAGACCAUUUAAACAGCCAUUCAUUAGCUCAACCAAUUGCCAGUAAUACGCCAAUACCAAUGACAUCCUCACCGAUAACCUUAACAACCCUAUCCUCGGCGUCAGCACCGAUAGUUUCCAAUGUUGGUUUAAUGCAGCAACAAGUAAAUAUCAAACAUGAGCCAGACUCGAUCAACAGUUCAAAUUGCAGUUCAAAUGGUAGUCUGAAAAAUAUGUCCCGAUCACAGCCCCAACCACCGCCAAGUUUAAUCAUUUCACCGCCAGUUUCACCAAUUGACAUGGAGGAACAAGAGAAAGUUAAAUUGGAACGAAAGAGACAGCGGAAUCGAAUAGCAGCAUCCAAAUGUCGUAAAAGGAAACUGGAAAAGAUCCAUUUAUUAGAGAAAAGAGUUAAUGAACUGAAAGAUGAGAAUGAACAAUUAAGCACCAAAGUAAAUAAAUUACGUGAUCAUGUUUGUAGUCUCAAGCGAGAGGUAAUCCAACACAUCAACAGUGGCUGUCCCAUAGCAUCACCUGAUCAUCCAAUAUAAUCUCUUCCAUUUUUUAACGGACACCUGUUUUUAGCUAAAGGAACGGAAAAAGGCCAUCAAUGUACCGUAAAUAAUUUAGCUGCACCAAGCUAACGAGUUUGUUCAGUAAAACAGUUUAUCAUGAAACAAGCCAAUAUACAGUUUUAAGGGAACACUGUUAAUCAAUCUACUUAUCACUGAUGGGAAAAAAAUCUCUAACCAUAGUUAAAUUCAAGUUAAUUUUUUGUUAUGUUGCGUUUUGAUUUGAUGAUCUAUAGCAAUACGAAUACAUAAACACACAAAAUCUCAUGCUUUCUCUCUCAGCUGUUACCCAAAUGUCUCAAACCCAAACCAACUCUAAAUUGUAUAUUGGAUUUAUUCUUGGAUUAUAUAUACAUACCUGAAGAUAUAUAAAUUCAUAGAGAAAAUCACUUUUAUAUAAAAACAUCACAAUUGAUUAAUUAUAAAACAAAGUAAUCAAAUUUUGCAAUCUCCAUGUUAUUAUUACAUCAUGUUGUUAUCGUUGUCUAUCACUCUUUUGUUGUCUCGCCUCUUGAAAAUCUUGUACAAUAUAACUUUAUCCGGGUCAUCCUUUCUUUUUAAUGUAAUAACCUUUAACCUAUUGAAAAAAGAAAUGAAAGAACUAAAGAUUAAAUUUACUAAUAACAAUCAAUUUA